CUUGUGUCGCUUACAAUGUGGUUUUUUAUUGAUUUGAAUGAAAGUACAGCGUGUAUCCGACACAGGACAACCUCCAUUUCAAGCAAUACCACAUUGUUUGUUUCUUGUCGGUCCGUGUAUGUGGUGUGCGAUCAGCCAUGUCUAGUUCAAUCAAUCAUCAGGCACAUCACACCGGAAAAUUUCUAUGUAGUACCGGCUGAUGACGCAACUCUCAACACUACAGUGGCUGACAAGCGGGCCUUGGUCAUAAACCGGCUAUCAGGAGCAGUAACAUGUGAUUAUGGCGGAGAUUGGACUCCAUGUGGAGAGCAGAUGACAAUUUAUGGCAUCCUUGGCACGAUUCGGCUGAUUUCGGGUCUGGUGCUGGUGGUGGUGACCGAGCGAACGGUGGUCGGCCAACUCAACAAGCAGCUCAUAUUCUCGCUGGACAAUGCGGCCACCAUACAGUACUCGCGCUCGCUCACACAUCUCACUGAGGCUCAGAUUCGUAUGCAUAAAGAGUACUUGGAAAUGGUUAUGCAAGUAUUGACAACUCCAGGCCUGUACUUCUCAUAUACUUAUGAUAUCACCCACACACUCCAGCGGCUCCAAGACUUCUCUCCUGACUUUCUUGUUAAGCCGAUGUACUUGCGCGCGGAGUCGCGGUUCGUGUGGAACGGCCAUCUGUUGCACGAGUUGAGCCGCCAACUGGUGAGCGGCGCGGAGGCGGCGGGCGCCAAAUUCCUGCUGCCGCUGAUGCACGGCUUUGUGUCGAUCCGCGGCCUGGAACUGGGUGGCGAUCAGCGUCGCGUCACCGUGGCGGUCGUGUCGCGUCGCUCCACCGAACGCGCCGGCACGCGGCUCUAUGCGCGCGGCGUCGACAGCGACGGACGUGUUGCCAACUUUGUCGAGACCGAACAGAUAUUGGAGUCCGUGUGGGGCAUCACCUCUUUUGUGCAGAUCCGCGGCUCGAUCCCUCUGUUUUGGACGCAGCUGCCAAACCUGCGCUACAAGCCACCGCCCACCCUGCUGGCACACGAGGACCACAAGGCAGCCUUCCUGCGCCACUUGGACCUUGAGGUCAUCGACUACGGCCAGCUCGUGUGUGUCAGCCUCAUCGACCAACAUGGCGCCGAGGGCCAGCUCGCACAAGCUUUCAAACAGAAUAUGGAUGCCAUCAAUCGCCCUGUCAGGUACGAGGCAUUUGACUUCCACGCAGAGUGUCGCAAGCUGCGCUGGGAUAGGCUGAACAUACUGAUCGAUCGCCUGCAGCCGGACAUUGAGGAGUUCUCGCUGAAGCGCGACGGCACACUAGUGUCGCAGCAGUACACUGUCAUCCGCACCAACUGCAUCGACUGCCUCGACCGCACCAAUGUAGUCCAAUACAUGCUCGCCAACACCUGUCUGCUUGCCGCCUUGAAGAAGCAUACGAUGUUGCGACCGGGAGAAGAGGCUCCGUAUUUCUUCGAGGAUGCGCUGAAGAACAUGUGGGCUGACAAUGCGGACAUGCUGUCAACGCAGUACUCGGGCACUGGUGCACUCAAGACAGACUUCACGCGCACCGGCAAGCGAACAAGGCAGGGCAUGAUCAAGGACGGCAUCAACUCUAUCACCUUAAUGUGGUUAGUGGACGCUAUAGACUUAUUCCUUGGUCAAUAUAAAGUGAGUUCUGACGAAGGAGUUUUGACCAAAAGUCCUCUUGAGGUGAACCGUGGCUGGAAGUAUAUAACAUUUCCACUAAUUUUAUGCGUGGCGAUUGCCAUGUUCUGUGCCAAUGUCAUCACACCAUCUGAAUACACGAGCGGCUCAAUGAUGUGGCUGCUUUUCUGGGGCUCGAUGUGCGGAGUCACGUUCUCCAUGAUCAUGUACUACGGCCAUGAGUUCGUGGAUGCGCCACGCCUCUCUGCCAUCUACAAGUCGUACAGAUCACGCUCCUCUCUGGACGGUGUGGCCCGGUGAGCUUAGCUACACCAUCAUCCGUGGCCCGGUGAGCUUAGCUACACCAUCAUCCGUGGCCCGGUGAGCUUAGCUACACCAUCAUCGCAUUCACAACGCUGCAAACAACAAAUAUAUUUUUGGCCAUGGUUUAAACAUUUGAGCUGUUAAUUUGUAUAUUAUGCUAUUUUUAUUACUAUCAUUUGUAUAUUUACUUACUUUUAAAUUAUACAUAUAUAUUAUACAUGAAAUUCCAUGUCUAAAUAUGCUUCAAUAUACAGUGUGGAGUAGUGAAACCACACUAUAAGUAACACAAAACACAAAGAAAAACUCGUUGUUUCAAUCUCAAUAACACAUAAAAUCUAUAUUUUAAGGUGAAUUUUAAAAAUAAAUUUGCUCCGGAGAAGCAGGAGACUUGACGAGUAGCUACUGUUUACACAACGUGGAAUGAAACUAGAACUGCUAUUCACGCUCAUUUCACUUUUAUAAGGACUUGAAUACAUGUAUUCUCUGUACGUACUGAAUUCCUCUCAAAUCCCUCCCUCAUACUCGUACUUACUGUACCUUUAAAACGACUUGUGUAUUUUUGUGUGAAACAGUAAUAACCUUCUCCAGAGCAUUUUUAAAUAUACAGAAACCCCAAAUCAAAAUCAUAAAAACUUGAAUCAUCGUUUUCAUUACUCAAUCAUCAAUUAAUGUUAAUACCAAACCCUUGUUCCUCAUUAAUUCAAAACUUCAUGGAUUCAACAUGUUAAUCGUUUAUAGCUGGAAUAUUUGUAUCUAUAUUUUUUAGGUAGCAGCCCUACCUAGUUAAGUUUUGGUUCAGGGUAUGAUUCCUGGCCUCUACCUUUUCUUGAAACCUUUACGCUUAUCAUCUAGAAUUCCACAAAUGAGGACAUCUUUGUAAUACUGUUUUCCUAAUACUGAAACGUUUUCCUAGCUGAUAAGCUAUAGUAUAUUUUCGUGAUUUGAAUAUUGCAGCUUAUUCUAAAGUCAAAUUGGUAAUUGAUUUCUUAUCGAGAAACUUGAAAAUUUAUUUUUUAAAGUAGAAUGUAAUAACAUCAGGUGAAUGACAUUGUCGAUAAUCUUCAAUAAAUGUGUGCUUAUAGGUAUGUGACAGGACAAUUCCAUAUUGACUCAUUUGAUAUCUACACGUAUAUUUCGGAUUAAUCCCAACAACCUCUUGAAAUCAACAAUAGCUAAAAGUAUUGUUAAUAACACUUUUAAUGUAUGUGUUGUGGAGCUUCUGUAUUCAUCCCUAAGCAUCAGUCAGAGUAUAUGUUCGAUUAUCAAGAAUGAUACAAUUCGAAAUCUUUUCUCUCCGUAGCCAUCUAUUUAUAAAUUAAUAGCCUCAUUAAUAAUGUAUUUCAAAAAUAAUUACUGUCUGAACAUGUAUGUGGGCUGCUUGGUACUCUGUUAACCACAAAUCCAACUGGAUUUCAUUAUCGUUGUAAUAUUUAUCGGGCAUUAUAUACUAAGAGAAAAUUCCAUGCAGAUGCAGCCACGUAAUCUUCAAAUUAUUUUGACUCAUCGGCUAAACAUAGGUGUCAUAUUUCAACAGAGAUUGUAUUACGAGACACUCUAAUGUUCUAAUCGAAUACUUCACUAACAUUAGUAUUUUUUUAUCUGCUUCAAAUUUCUUGAGUAUCAAUGGGUAUGGCUUGAAACUAAGCAAUGUUUAAAACUUGUAUCGAUCCAACUUCAUAUAUAUCGAUCUGUAAUUAACUUAAUCAUCUUGUAUCAAUCUGUGAUUAAAUUAAUGUACAUUAAUACAA